UGAACCCUAGUGAUUAUAUCACUUUCUACUUUUUAUUUCAUUUUGUUUUUGCAGGCGAUCACAUAAUUUUGUUCACUGGACAUAUUUAUUUACCGCAUUUUAUGCGCAAGCUGCCACAACAUUAAAAUCUUAGUAACAAGUGAAACACUCAGUUAAAGUAUUGGAUCCAUCUUGCAUUUCUCGUGACUUAUAUUCGAUAUUCAUCCACAAUAUGCACUAAAACACUCGUCGGAGAAUUGACCAUUGCGCUCAAGAUCUUUGAUUUUGCAACCGCGGUUUGGCGUCUCCAACGUUUUCGAUACAGUGUUUACACAUCAAUGUUAUCAUGAUGACGUCACACAAUAUCUGUUAGUGUUAGGAGUCUACCGUCUACGAGUAGUUAGUACUGAAUCGGAAACUUCAGCGAAACAGUGUUAUAAAAUUUUAUUGUGAUUAUUCAAAGGACGUGUAUCAUUAACUAUAGGAAGAAAUUUGUUUAUUCCCAGUGACAAUGUGUGUGUGUCACUGAUAAUGUCAAGUGGUGUUUUCUUGGUUUCUGUAAACGGACAAAUUGAAUCUGCAAGUAUCCCAGAUGUAGAUGAUUUGUAUUGUAAACAUUGUUUUACUUUUGGACCUGAUUGGGUUGUAACAUCGGGAACUGAAGAAGGUAUUUCACAGUUAUCAAAACGAAGCAACGAUGAAAGACAAACAUGUACCUGGAAUUUUCCUCUAGAAAUUACUUUUAAAAGCACGAAUCCCUUUGGCUGGCCACAAUUAGUUGUUAGUGUUUAUGGACUUGACCUGUUUGGAAAUGAUAUUGUGAGAGGGUAUGGUCUUUGCCAUCUACCUAUAGCUCCAGGACAUUACAAGAAAGCUGUGCCAUUGUUCAUUCCAGAAUCAGCAUCACUUCUGCAGAAAUUUACAUGUUGGCUGACUGGAAGGCGACCUGAGUAUGUUGACCCCAGAGUGCUUGCCCAAGGUGAAGGUCGAGAAGUGACCCAUGUUCAGUCUCGAGGGAAUGUCCAGAUCGAGUUUAGUGUAAUGAUGCACAACUUCUCUGCAUCUGGGUACUCAAAUCAUGUAAAUGUACACCAGUAGAAGAAAUUUAAUUUAUUAUUGUAAAUAUAUAAUUUUGUUUUUAAUAAACAGACUUGAGAAAAUAAA